UGGAGAAGAACAUGAUCUGAUCUGGAAGGAAGAGUUUCAUUGUGUGGGGAAUGAUACUGUCCUUUCAAAACUGUCCCAGGAUGUCCCGUCCUAACGACACAUGCUCCCACACUGAUGCUGUCAGCAUAUUGUGUUCAGGGUAUGCCGGGUACAGGCUGGCAAACGGCAGCACAGGGUGUUCGGGGAGAGUGGAGCUUCUCCACGGAGGCGCCUGGGGAACCCUCUGUGACUCCCAGUGGGAUUUACAGACUGCCCACACCCUCUGCCAGCAGUUUGACUGUGGAUUCGCCCUGUCGAUUCCAGCAGGGCAGCUCUUUGGCACAGGAGACGGGCUUGUCUGGAACGGCAAGUUUGGCUGUGAGAGGAAUGAAUCCCGCCUGAGGGACUGUCUUGUAACUGCGCUGGGCACAACUGAGUGUCCCCCUGGGAGUGAAGCCAGCGUGGUGUGUUCAGGGUGCCUGGGCGGCAGGUUAGUGAACGGCACCGAGUGCUCCGGGAGAGUGGAGAUCCAACAUGGAGACACAUGGGGAAGCCUCUGUGCCUCCCACUGGGAUUUGCAAGAUGCCAACGUCCUCUGCCAUCAGCUGAACUGUGGAUACGCUGAAUCGAUCCUGGGAGGAGCCCAUUUCGGGGAAGGGAGCGGAACUGUAUGGAGCGACACUUUUCAUUGUGAAGGGACUGAACCCUGUCUGUGGGAUUGUUCUCGCACGGCCCUGGGCAACCCAGCCUGCUCCCCCAGAGACACGGCCAGUGUUAUUUGCUCAGGUCGUUCUGAGGCGCUCAGACUAUUGAAUGGAGAGAGCCGAUGCAGUGGUAGAGUUGAGAUUUCCCUCCGUGGUGUGUGGGGCAGAGUCCUGGAUGACCAGUGGGACAUGGACGAUGCCAGCGUGGUGUGCAGGCAGCUCCAGUGCGGAGUCGCUGAGAAAGCUUAUUACCCCCCUAUGUCUGAGCGAGGAAGGGGCCCCGUGGGGCUUAAAAGUGUCCGAUGUGGAGGAAAUGAGACUCGUCUGACUCUCUGUGACAUCUCCCCGCCUGAGACAACCCAGGCAGGAAUUGCUGAGGACGUCGGUGUCGUUUGCUCAGGUGACUUAGUGUGAAAAUCUUAUAAAUAUCCUGUCCUUGUUCAAUGGGAA